UAGUCUGCCAUAAAACCUUAUAGGAGAAGAUGAAGAAGAAGAAACAGGGCAGUAGAAAGAACAACAAACAUUGAUUAGCGAUAGCUACAGUAGCUAGUUACAAUGUAACAACAACGUGUUAAUAUUGCAUCCAUUAUAUCAACAGCUAUACUUUUGUGAAACUCACGACGUAAUUGUGAAGCAGGUCAGAAUUAGAAACAACCUCGCAGUAUUAUUUGUUUAACGAGUGUUACUUUGGACUGAGUGACCAUUGAACUCGUACUCACCGGUCCCCCCUAUCAGAAGUCCGAAGUUCCCCACCUAUCCCGGGCUCUGGUCAGUCAGCCAUGUCCCUCCGUGUCCUCCUGGCCGUGGCGGUGGUGGCUGUCCUCUUUCUGUUCCCCGUAACGUUAACCCGGGCUGGGGACAGGACAGAUGGGUCUCGCGGCCAAUCCUACGUGGCGGCGGUCUACGAGCACCGGGUGAUUCUGAACCCGGCGCCGCACGUGCCUCUGUCCCGGGCGGCGGCGCUCAAGCACAUGAUGAGCAACCUGGAUGUGUACGAGGAGCAGGCCGCGCGAGCGGCGGAACAGGGGGCUCAGAUCAUAGUAUUUCCAGAGGACGGUCUCCAGGGGUUUAACUUCAGUCGUCUGUCCAUCUCUGCUUACCUAGAGACCAUCCCUGACCCACAGUCUGAGGACUGGAACCCCUGUACACAGACAGACAGACAUACUCACACUGAGGUCCUCCAGAGGUUGAGCUGCAUGGCUCAGCGUCACAGCCUUUACCUGGUGGCCAACAUGGCUGACCUCCAUCCCUGCCCUCAGACCUCCCACCCCCCCUGCCCACCCGAUGGGCGAUGGCAGUUCAACACUGACGUAGUCUUCAGGUCUGAUGGUUCCCUGGCGGCGCGCUAUCACAAACACAACCUGUACUUCGAGAACGCCUUCGAUGCCCCGCCCAGGCUAGAGGUGGUGGCCUUUGACACGCCGUUUGCCGGACGGUUUGGAGUGUUAACCUGCUUCGACAUCAUGUUCCAUGACCCUACUGUCAGGUUGCUGGAGCAGGGUAUCAGACAGAUGGUCUACCCCACAGCCUGGAUGAACCAGCUUCCUCUGCUGUCAGCGGUUCAGUUCCAGAGAGCCUUCAGUCUGGGAGCUAACACCACCCUGCUGGCAGCUAACAUCAGGGCAGACAGCCUGGGCAUGACAGGCAGUGGCAUCUUCACCCCUGGUACUGCCGUCUACCACCACGCCAGGGCUGGGCAGCCAGAGGAGGGGAGGCUGCUGGUGUUGAGGAUACCUGUCCUGGACACUGACUGGCUGGGAACAGAGAAGAGGGCCAAGGGGCUGGGAACAGAGAAGAGGGCCAAGGGGCAGGCAAGAGGAGAGGGGGAGGAGAGCCAACACUGCCAGGAGGAAUCUCUCUCUGCCUCUCCUCCUACCCUCUCUCCCACUCCCUCCACAUCCCCCUUUCUCUUCACCUCCUCUAUGAUGUAUGAUCCGUUCUCCUUCGUCCUGCUGCGUGGUUCAGAGGGCCAGCUGACUGUGUGUGAUGGUCCUUUCUGCUGUCACCUGCAGUACCGACGCUCCCCACAGGGGGACAAUACGGAGCUCUAUGCUCUAGGGGCGUUCUCUGGCACUCACACGGUUAACGGACGCUACGGUGUACAGGUGUGUGCGUUGGUCCGCUGUUUGGGGUCGGAGGUCAGCUCCUGUGGACAGGAAGUGGAGGAGGCGGAGUCUAGAGUGGACUUCCUAUUGGAGGGGAAGUUCGGAACGCGUCACGUUUACCCGUCGUUGCUAGGUAGCGGCAUGGUUCUAGAACAACCUGACCAGGUCAAGACGACUGCAGAUGGUCGAGUGGCCAUGAAACACUCAGGGAUGACCGUCGGGCUGGUGACCGCAUGUCUCUACGGCAGGGUGUACGACCAGGACUAAGGUGUGAGUAAGAGAGAGAGAGAGUGUGUGUGUUUGGGUUAAAUUAUUGUGUGGUCCCAUAAAGUGGGCCUAUCUUCUGCCUCAGUAAAUAAAUUUUCUCCAACCUC